UCUCUCUCUCUCUCUCUCUCUUCUUCCUCACGUUUCUCUCUCUCUCUUUCUCUCACUUCUGGCUCCCUCUCCGCUCCUACCACCCUAUCCCCCCACCCCCAAUAAUCGGCAUCCUCGGGCCUAGUCCUGGUGGGUGUCUCUUUCGAAUCCUCGGGAGCGGGCGUCGCUCGCUCGCCUGUCACAGGCAGUGUCCAAUCGUCCAUCCCUCCUCCCCCCUUCCCUCCCUCUCGCCACCCCUCCCAUCGCUGUCCUCCCUCCCGCUUUCUCUUCUCGCGAUCCACGACCACCUCCUACCACCUAUGCAUCCCUCUCGAUGAGCGCGGCGCGCGACAACUUCCUCGCGAAUCGCGAGAUCCACUGUCGAAGCGGAGGCUGCGCCUUCGAUCGAUCUCUCCUCGAGACGACGACGGCCACGACGACGACGACGACGACGACGGCGACGACGACAACGACGACGACAACGACGACAAACGACGAGACGCCGUGAUCGAUGAGCGCCGUCGGCGGCAGGGGUGAAGGGAGGAGGAAGGCGGCUCUGUUGCCGUGGAGGGCGACGAUUCCGCCUAAGCGGAAUCGACGCGAGUCCGCUUAGGAUCGCCGCGCGCGCCGAGCGUGUGGUGUCGCACCCGGUCCGCGCCCUGCAGGAAGACGCGUGAGAGAAAACGACGUCGUCGACAACAACGACGAUGACGAGAGUACCGCCGCUGCCGCCGCCGGCGGUCGUUCCUCGGUGGCCGUGCCGACGUCGCGCGAUCCUCCGGAAACGCGAGGAGAACUGAAAAGAUUGUGCGUCGCGCGUGCACCACGUAUGGCAUACGACAUUCGGGCAUUCGCAGUUCCACGACGGCCGAUCAAGAUCGUCGAUCACUGCCUUCGUGUGUGAGGUACCUGCCCCGUAGAAUCUAUCGAGGGGUCUCCCUAACUUUAGCGGUUUUCGCCCGAUAGGGAUCUACGACGGGCUUCUCGCUCGUCGCGAGUGAGGGGGACGCGAGACGAUCGUUUCAAUUCCGCGUGAAUGCGGGAGGCGGAUACAGUGACGGAUGUUUGUCUUUACAAGUCUAUCGGGAGAGAGAGAGAGGAGAUCGCCGCGCGCCUUCCACUAGGAACUAUUCAACGGAAUCGUGUUGUUCGAAACUCUUCGGCGAGGGAGAGAGAGGGAGAGAGAGAGAUUGCACUCCCGCUGCUUUCGCGAUGAAUUAUUCCGGCGCCCCUGCGUCCGGCAAAGCGGAUGUUGCGUAGUGUAUGAUUGUCGCUACCGCGGGAAAUGACGGGAAAAAACGGGAUCGGCGUUUUGCCCUCCGUCGCGCGACGGACCCUUGUUUUCGGGGGGGGGGGGCGACAAGGGCUCGAACAAAAGGGAUCGGGAUACGAGGCAGUUAAACGAGGAACAAAACCAUGGCGCCUGAGGUGACAGAGCGCGAAUAAUAAAACCAGGAUUGGAAUUAGACGCGGCAGAUAGGGAAAUAAAUAAUGGAAUUCUAUUAAACGCGCGCCCGGGGAAUACCGAGCGGACCAAAUAUUUUAUACCGUAACGUGCGAAUUGAAUAAGAAAUUUUUUUCACUGCAAAUUUUCUUUUUCUCGGGAGCAAAGUAUUCGAGUAAAGAACAAGGGUCUCUACAACAAAUCUACAACUGAACUUGAAGAGUACAUCAAGAAUACAUUGAGAAAUAAAGUUACGUACUGUCGAUUAAAGUGCCGGCGGUAGUUUAGCAGGAUCUUAGAUAACGCAAUCGAAAUGAAGGAUAUCGGGGGCGGAAUAUAGACAUCAAUUAAUAGGAUUAAACAAUCUAACUGGGAUAAAGAAUAAUCGGAUUAAACGGCAUAACGUAACGGUAAAUGCAUUCGCAUUCGAAGGACGAUACGGUUUUAAAUAACGCCGUGUAAAAUUAUUGACGAUGAUUUAUACGCUCCCUAUAUAGCUUAUGUAACGACACCUGUAAGCUGCUGCAGUAAGGGAAAAAGAAAUAAAAGGAAACUUGAAAUAUAAUUAAUGAAACCAUCGCGAAAAUGUGCUACGAUAUAAUAGAAGAUAAAUGACUAAGCGCGAUACACCAGCUUACUUAAUGCAUAAAUGCAUUGUUCACGUAUUACAUGUUACAAUUAAUUCAUAUUUAUAAACAACGGUGGGAAAAUACGAUAAUACAAUUUCGUCUAAGAAAUGGAUCGCCUACAAUUUCUUUUCUAUAAAUAAUCUAUAUUUAUUAUGGAAAAUGUUGCCGCGAGAGAGCGUAUAACAUUCUCUCUCUCUCUCUCUCUGUCCUUUUUUUCUCACCCCGUAGUAGAGAAUAAAUAUUUGAGUGCAGAGAAACAUAAAAUAAUGAAGCAACGAGGCGCCGGGAAGUACGACGCCGUGAGAAUUAUUUACGAAUCCGCGUUAAUUUUCUCAAAGGGUCGCGCCGGUCCUUUCGAAAUCCCCCCGAUUCGGGGUGACGUUCCUCCGAAUUUGCGGUUUGAUCCUUCUGAUCGCCUCGUUAACUACAGGCUCCGCGAUAAGAAGAAGGCAGGGCUGAUAUUGCUGCACAAGCACCGCUAGAAUGACCGUAGUUAGGCAAACGGAUGCCUUUUAUUCGCUUCCCUCUUUUCCUUUGCGUGUCUUCUUCUUUGUUUUUUUGUCGCUCGAGGAAGCUUUCUAUUUUGUGCCGUACGUUUCGAAAUGAUGAGCACCUGUGGACGCGUUCUUUUCCGGAGAUUCCGCGUUUUAUUCCGAAUCAGCGGAUGAAACGGAACAGCAAAUUUUCCACCGUUGCGGUGAAAGAAACGGAAAGCCUUUAUUAUGCUCGACGGCUUCAUUGAAAAGUAAAUACGAGGAAAAAUCGAGUAGGAAUUCGUGUGAUUAUCACAACAAAAGCAGCGUAUAAUUAUGUGAAAAAAAAGCAAGGGUUAAGCUGAUGGAAUAAUUGCAUUUGAAUAAUAACCAGAUCUCGUUUCCGGAUAAUUUUCCCGUGCAUAAAUUAAUUUUAUGAUAAAAUGAAAGAGAAGAGGCAGAGAGAGAAAAAUGGAGAGAGACAGAGAGAGAAGGGGGAAGAGAGAAAACAAGAGAGAUACAAAAGGUGAUCACACGGGCGGCGGAGGUAUUUGCUUGAUUAAAAAUUCGCCAAGCGCGGAUCGCGGCGCGUGUACGCGAUUAUUACAUUGAAAAUUGAUCGUUUGCUCAUUGCGAUGGAAUUCUUGGGGCAGUCGUCCACGAACGGCGGGGGCGGGGGAUAGUGGCUCGGGCAGGUGCGCGGAAAUUGCUCUCUCGUUUUAAUGGACCUCUCCACCUUCGUGUAGCAAGCGAUUGGAAAGGAGGAUAUAUUCCGCGUUUCUUUCUUUCUUUCUCCCUUUUUUUUUUAUCAUACAUCGAGUGAUCGAGUAUCCGAUACGAUAGGGAUUUCUUUUUUUUAUGUUUAAUCUGAUACCGGGGUAUAAAACGUCGGUAUUAUUUCGCGUAAACGUUACCCGUGGAAUGCGCACCGCGAGAUUAUUGUUCGCGAUACGGUUUCGUGCCGACCGUUUUGCGCGGGUGUAUGUAUGUAUGUAUGUGUGCAUCCGUGUUAGCGGCAUCCAAUUGCGCUUUAAACUGUUAAACUGUUGCCGAAGAGCUCGCGUAUUUUCGCGUGCGCCGUUUGAAUUUGAAAUUUUGACGAGUGCAAUUUUUUCCUCCCUCGUCCAAUCACUCGAAACGUCGGAAGAGCGCGCCGGACAAUUGAAUUCUUCUAAAAAAAUUCAUAAAACGUCGGAUCCCCCCCUCCCCUCCCUCUCCGAAGCAGCCUUCGCGUUCCGCGAAUGGAUCAUAGAAUUUUUGUGCGUUACAUUCCGAUUUGUUGACCUUCGAAUUUUCUUGGUAUUUUAAAUUAGAAAUUCCACUUCGAGACCUUUAAUUCCGAACGCGGAAUCGAAUCAUCGAUCGUCUCGAGCCGUCUCGUAGAUCGCUGGAGGGGCGAUUCCUAAUGAACGCACAUCGCGAUCUUUCGUCUCGCGAGAGACGGAGCAAGUGAGAGAGGCAGAGAGCUUAUCACGGUUAAAUAAUAACUUGUUCAGACCUACAACACUACCACAUUACACUCGGGACUCGCCGACGGGUAUCGCAGCUCCGUUUCUCCUCAACGGCAGGAACGGGGUGAGGGGGGAAGGGGGUACAAUGCUUCCACGUCGGUACGGAUACGGCCGCGAGGUCUCCUUCAAUGGCAAGAGCCGGCCGUGUUAGCCGUCGCCGUGAUGGAGGAGGAAGAAUGCGAGGAGAAUCGUAGCAAUCGGCCGUCGUGCGGAAGGAAGAAGCGCAGUCGCGCGGAGCCCCUAAGAGUAGGAUCUAAGCCAGGGGGAUGUACAAUGUUGCUGCGAUAUCGCCGCGAUGUUGCUGCGGCUGCAAGGACGUCGAAUCAAUACGGUGCUACAGUACAACCGGUUCAAGUCAAGUGUUCGCUCGCGUGGCGGCGACGUGCCGCGCCGCGAUUACAAACGAUCCACGUCGCUAAUUGAUAAAGGGGGAGGCCUCUCAGGUCUCUCGCCCCGGGGAAGCGCUUCGUCCCUCUUCCGCGAGACCCGAACGCGCGAGGAGCACGCGUAUAUAUGUAUAUAUGUAUAUGUAUGUAUAUGUGAGGCGUGACAGAUCCGCGGAAUGAUGGAGUGCACGAGUCGAGGACGACGAGCGGGGGAACUUGAAUCUGCCUCGGCACGUAGAUCCGCAAGAACGCACGAUCGUACGGUCGCGCUUUAAAACUUAAGGGCCGACUCGUCCGCACGCGAUAACGUGCGAGGGAAGACUUGAGACUCGAGGACACGAUGACGAUCGGCUCGACGGUGCCCGAGGGACGAUCCCGUGCCGCGACGCGGCGGGUCGAGUACGACCAAGUGCUUCUAAUCGGUGACGAACUGUCGAAGUUACGCGAAAGUGCCAGCGGCACCCCGGAAACGGCGGAUCUCACUUGAGGAGGAGAACAAUUAUUGCGUAAAUGUCACUAAACAGCUGCGGAAGCCAGUGUCGACUCUCUCGAUCCCGGGGGCGAUGAAGAACAGCGGCGGGGUGGCCGGCGGGGGCGGCGCGGGGGUGGCCGGGGCGGCUGCCGGCAGCGGCAGCGCCGGAGGCGCCGGUGCCGGCGAGGACGCCGGCAUCGCCCUCGUGGGCGUCCACUCCGAGUAUCCCCGUUACAUGGACGAGCGCAUGCUGGCCGGCGGCGGCGGCUCCCUGAAGGGCCAGUCCGGCGGUGGCAGCAUCGGGCCCGGGUCCAAGCACAAGCCGAACGUCGGCUACCGGCUGGGCAGGCGGAAGGCUCUCUUCGAGAAGCGCAAGCGCAUCAGCGACUAUGCCCUCGUGAUGGGCAUGUUCGGCAUCAUCAUGAUGGUCGUCGAAAACGAACUGUCCAGCGCCGGCGUUUACACCAAGGCCUCGUUUUUCUCGACAGCACUGAAAACCCUGAUCUCUGUGUCUACUGUGAUACUGCUUGGCCUCAUAUUUGCUUACCAUGCCUUAGAAGUUCAGUUGUUCAUGAUCGAUAACUGCGCGGACGACUGGCGGAUCGCGAUGACCUGGCAGCGGAUCGCACAGAUCUCGGUGGAGCUGCUGAUCUGCGCGAUUCACCCGAUCCCGGGCGAGUACUACUUCCUGUGGACGACCAAGCUGGCGAACAAAAACGGCGACAUCGGCUCCAAGUGGGUGCCAUACGACGUCACUCUCUCGCUGCCGAUGUUCUUCAGGCUCUACCUCAUCUGCCGGGUGAUGCUGCUGCACUCGAAGCUCUUCACGGACGCGUCGUCGCGAAGCAUAGGGGCCUUGAAUCGCAUCAACUUCAACACCAGGUUCGUCCUCAAGACCCUGAUGACCAUCUGCCCGGGCACGGUGCUGCUGGUUUUCAUGGUCUCACUGUGGAUCAUCGCCUCGUGGACGCUGCGACAGUGCGAGAGGUUCCACGAUGAGGAACAUGCAAAUCUCCUCAACGCCAUGUGGCUCAUCGCCAUCACGUUCCUGAGCGUCGGUUUCGGCGACAUCGUGCCCAACACAUACUGCGGUCGAGGUAUAGCCGUCUCCACCGGAAUGAUGGGCGCCGGGUGCACCGCUUUACUGGUGGCGGUUGUCUCCAGGAAGCUCGAGCUUACGCGGGCGGAGAAGCACGUGCACAACUUCAUGAUGGACACACAAUUAACGAAAAGGUUGAAGAACGCCGCGGCGAACGUGUUGCGGGAAACGUGGCUGAUUUACAAGCAUACUCGCCUGGUGAAGCGCGUCAAUCCCGGACGCGUGCGGACCCAUCAGCGGAAAUUCCUGUUGGCCAUAUACGCACUCAGAAAGGUGAAAAUGGAUCAGCGUAAAUUGAUGGACAACGCCAACACUAUAACGGACAUGGCCAAGACGCAAAACACCGUCUACGAGAUCGUCUCGGACAUGAGCACGCGGCAGGACGCGGUGGAGGAGCGUCUAGUGAGCCUGGAGGACCGUCUGGUCGGCCUAGAGGAUAAGCUGACCUCGCUGCAAGGCCAGCUGGAGCUGUUGCCCGAAGAGUUGACUCGCUGCCUGGCGCAGCAUGCCGAGCGGAUGGAACAGCGGCGUAACUUCCUCCACCCGGACACCGCGGUAGCCAUGGCGGUUUCCGGUGGCGGCGGCGGCGGUGGCGGCGGCGGCGGCACCGGUGGCGGAGGAGUGAUCUCGUCGGGCACGAGUCUGGGCGUUUCCGGCGGCGGCAGCGUCGUAUCCGCCGCCCACCACCCCCUCGCCAAUCUCUCCAACUCGCCCCUGCUGCCGCACUCGCGUAGCGUGCCCAGCGCGCCCAGCACCAUGUCCCUACACCCGUGGCCGGUCAGCCCGGUCCUACCGCCCGUCUCCAGCCGUACACCCCACCUGGUGCCGGAAACCGGCAGGCAUCACGGCCUCAGUCACUCCGCCACAGUGACCACAACCUCACAGUCGGCCACUAGGCUCACUUCGCAGGCCGGCAUGGGUGGGCUAGGCAACAGCCAAGGCUCGGACACGUCGGCGCACAGCUGAGUCUCGUCUCUGCAGCCGCAGCACUCGUACUAAGGCCCCUCGCUGGUUUUGCACGUGGAUUACGCCGCGCGGCCGUGUCCGUCGGGUUGCCGAUUGGCGUCGGUGCCUCGCCGAUAGGACGUAUCGCAGGAGAUGUAAUCGCGCUAUGAUUGGCCGCUUUUCGCACAAAUAAAUGCGAGAAUUCCCGUCUAACGCAGUAUAUCUUUGUCCAUGUCAGUCACUUAGUGUAAUUAGACUGCUGUAAUAAUUAGGCAGUCCAUAUUUAAUCGGUGGUUUGCACAACCUCCGCUUCUGCCAGAAAAUGUGCGUUUUAGAAGAAUUAAUCAUGGACUAGCUUCGAGUUUGAAGACAGUCGUCUCGAAGGGAGCUACCAAUCGCGCUAUUUAACAGUGGACACCGCGUACAGACGUUUGUACGUUAGUUUUCAUGUAUACAUACAAAUUUUUUUAGGAUUCUUACGGCAUCAUGCGUAGCCUCCUUGCAACUGACGACUUUUUUGUAAUUUCUAAAGUGAAUCAAUUAAAAGCUUUCACGUUGAAGUAAACAUUUCGAAGAAAUGAUAUUGUUAAGGUUCAUGAUUCGUUUUCAUGCGGACUACAGCCUACAGCUACGAAAUACAAUUGUCAAAGACACACUGCACUAAGCGGGAGUUCUGUAGUAGCCAGAUCGGUCACGGCCGUCCAUUUCUCGUGCAAAGCUCAUGUAACGAUGGGCCUUCUUACGUCCCGCGUGUAUCUUCGAGACCCCUCCUUGAAAAAUCGGCCAAAGAUCUAAUUAGGAUGGCACGGUAAGCGAUUGUAAGAGGAUUUGAUUCAGAAAUUGGACGUGCUUUUCAACGUAGCUGUAAACCAUAAAUCACUCGGCAUUCAUUCUUUUUGCACCAUAGUCCUCAAUUAUCUGGUUUUCUAAUCGAGAGAUCGCGUCCAAUCUUUCGAUUCUUCUGAUCGCCCACUUCUGUCGAAUCCUUCCAAUCUCACGAUUCUUCACUCGCCAACUUGGCAGGAGCAUGCGAUCAGAGGAGGGGAGAUCGUGAAGGAGAAUUGAGGAUGAACGGAAGAAUGGAAAACCCGCGGUCGAUUCGAUCGAUCGAUCGAUUGAGUCCCGACAAACGGAGAAGGAGGGGAACUCUUGGAGUACGCGCGGCUUCUUCCACUGGCUGCGCGCUGCUCCCCUGCCCAACUUGCGUGCCUGAAUAACUGUUUUCUUAAUAAUUAAAUGUACAUUCGACACACAGGAACUCCAUCUUGUAUCUCUGUAUACCUCGUGAAGAGUGCGGACGGGCAUAACGUGCAUGUACAGGAAGCGCGUAUGCAGAUGAGGACUGGCCCGGAGGUAACCCAAGCUGGCUCUUAAAGUCUUGUGCUUAAUAUUAACCCUUGAACAUUGCACUAUUCUGGCUACUCGGUUUCGUUGCACAUGGAUUGGCGUAACCCAUAGUUUCUUUUUGCCUGUAUCUCGGAAUAUAACGUAUCAAUUUUCAAACCUUUUUUUUCAAUAUCCACACCAUUAAGAAAAGAAUAUGUUACGUAAGAAUGUUAUACAAAUUUUAUUAUUCAAGAUAUUUUUGAGAAAAGAACAAAAAGAGAUUUUUGAAAAUGAUGCACGUUAAUGUAAAUCAGAUUAGGUUUACCAUAAUCCAGUGCAAUUUGAAAGUUAAGGUUAAAACUUUCCCCUCCUUUUUCCCCCCUCUAAUGCCAGUGGUACUUAAAGAGCUGUCGUCUAGUUAACAUUUUAAAGCUAAACUAAAGUUGAAUGACUUUCUCUUAGUCCGAGAUAAAAUUACAAUGAUCCUCGCUUACGAUGAUCCGUAUAUAACAAUUGUAAUAGAUCCGGUUUUAGGUAGACGGCAAAGCACCGCUGACUCGCGCGACUCACAAUUUUUAUAUUUGCACGACUCAUCGAACUCGCGAGCUCCAUUCCAUUCAUGUUAAGUAAAAACACCGGAAAUCACAAGUCGAGCCGCACCCGAUGGAUGAAAGAAAAAUACACUCGCCGUCGUGCGAUCGCGUUCAAAUCGCCGGGUGUGACAUCGAUUCCCAAUAAACCACGAAUAAAACUGUUAUAUAACAUUGUUGUAGAACUAUCUUACUUACUUAUAUGUUAUAUAACUGUUAAAUGUGGUGUACGCUGAGUUACCUGAUUCGCGAAUUGCCUUCAGCUACUGUUCAGAUACGCGCGUGUAUAAACGCAUUUCUCCUCUCCGUUACUUUUCCACUUGAAAACCUAUUUCUCCCGGACUGCCUGCGUCGGUGAGACGUCGGUAAAUUCGACGAGUUAACUCGACGACUUUUGUAUGAAACGACGCAUUUUCGCGUUCCCCAAGUCUCACUUGUGUAUCCCGCUCCUCAGAAUGUAGGCUCCUAGAGGGCCGCAUGCUUUAAGGGCCAGCGCGAGAAUCCAACGGGUGUUUAGGAAAUACGUAUAUAGAGAGAGAAGUGCAAAGUGAUCUUAUCCGCUUUAACGUCCGUAGGUUACAUAGGAUAUUAUAUUGUUAGGUGUAUACUUGUACAUGGCGCACGGGUACAAAAAAAAAGAAGCAGCUACGUUUCCAUUGAGGGGAAGAGGAAGAGGUAGAGGUAGGGGGGGAAGUGUUGAUGAUUUUUUAUAAUAGGACCGCGACCGUGCGCGCGCGGUGACGCGGCGCGGCGCGGGGGGAGGGGGAGGGGUAGGAUUAAUUAAAUUGGAUCGACCAGACAAUGGGGAAACUAAUUAUUUGCCAAUUUGCCCGACUUCCCGCUCAGAGGUGUGUUCACCAGGCUUCCUUGCUCGCUGUUACUAAUUGUCGCCACGACAAUUUUGAAUAUAUCUGCAUUAAUUUAUCAUCGAUGCAUACGGAAGAUACUAACAGAUUAUGCAUAAGCACCGCGCCUUUGCUUUCCUCAUAAAUUACCGCUCUUAAUAAUUCUGCGAGGCACAUACUCAUAUUCUCUUACACUCACACACGCGCACACACAUACACACACACACGCACACAAAAUACACACACACUUACACUCUCUCUCUCUAUCUACCUAACUAUUUAUCUCUCAUGGGAAGCGACUGGUAAAACUCGCAGUCUCUGAGUGUUCCGCGAAAAGGAAACGUUAAACGAGGAAGCCUGGAGAAGCACCGAAGGUGUCCCGAAGGGCGUCCCAGGAGGGACACGAACGCAAACUCACAGCCGCGCGAUUCCGGGAUCUGAAGAGCCCCGGAGAGAUCCGCGAGAUGUGGAUUUAUCGAAUGACGCGGUUCGGGUCCCUUCCGGUGCGCGACAACGUAUAUGUUUGCUGUAAUUUGCAGCAUUUUUCUUUCCAACGCGAUAUUUGUCACGAAGAUGUUCAGAUCUCGACGUAUCGGCACGACGGUGUCUUUGCUAGCGCAACCGAGAUUCUAUCGGGGCUCUGCGAGGCGAGCUCGAGCGCGACUCUCUUUUUCUCUCCCUCUCUCUCUCUCGUCUCUUUAACUUCAAAAGUGAACAUAAGAUACUACGAAAAAUUAAUUUAGGAUUGUCAUUUGCAAAGAAAAAAGCAACAGAUCACCCAGAGAACUGGCGCGCAAAUCCACUCGUAAAAUUGAAUUCGUUUCGGAAUUAAGUCUAUAAAGGUAGAAAUAAGUUUAAAAGUCGUCGAGGAACGUUUAGUAGACGAGAUUCAGUCUAAUCGAAUAAUCUGAUUUUCACUUCACUUCAGUUAAUGUAAAUUUACUUUUGCCCUUGCAGCUGCUAAUUAAUGCGACGUCAAAUUCUCCGAUUCAGUUAACGUUAAUCUUAUUAUCUGUCAAUAAAUUCUGUGGGAGAGAGGGAAAAGAGAAAGAGAGAGAGAGAUCGGCCGAGCCGUCCUCAGCCUCGGCCGUUCACAAGGAAAAGCUCACGCGGAAAAAGCUCACUAACGCGGAUAAAGUUGGGACCUGAUUUGUCUUGUCCGUCAUCGUUUCAUUUCGAAAGCGUAGUUUCGCGGCUAAUCGCAAUGCGAAACGGGACCAAAAUAGACAAUUUUCACAAUGUUCACACACUAUCCCUCUCUCUUUCUCUAUCCUCCUCUUUUCCCUCUUUUCUCAUUACUCUCCUUUUCUUGCAAUCGAACAGAUUUUUCAUCCAGAUAAAAGAGACGAAUAAGAAACUGAAAGUUUGGAAAAAAAAAGAUAGGUCACGAUACUUAGUUAUCCUAGUAAAUUGAGAAUUUAUUCAGAGAUGUAAACAUCAUUUCCUUACUUGACGAUGACAAAUAUUUUAACCAACAAAAUAAGAAUUUAUGCGGUUUUAUUACGAAUAACUUUCUUUGUUUUGCAUCCUCGGAUAAUUUAUUUGGGAGCAAUCUUUUAAUAAAGGCCGUUAACAUAAUGCAAGAAUCUAAACUUUUUGUUUCUUCCUGAAAGAGGCUCCAAACUGUUCUGCAACUCAUCAGCACAUUCUAUUUAAUUUCUCAUCUCUAAUUUUGAUUUCAUCAAAGAUAAUAAUAAUUAAUAAUUGUAUAAUUCAUUGGAAGAGAACACGUAGACGGGGAAACAAAUCCGUUCGAGAGCUUUCUCGUGUAAUUAAUACCUUCAGUAGAAUUGGAAAACAUUUAAUGUUUAACUUUUUAAAUUUUUUGAUUGAACAAGGAGACCGUCUCUUUUCACAGAAUGUAUUUUUAGUACUCGAAGGGAAUAUCUUGUCCCCGCGAAUAUGACCGUCGUAUAUUCGAUCUCUCUAUCUGAAUGAAAUUUUCAAUCCAAAUGACGCCCAACUCUCUACUUUCUUUCUUCCAUUUAUCUCUAAUUCUCCCUGGAUUUUUCGCGCCUCUUCUCCUUUCUUCAUCUCUCUUACCUUUUCUCUUUCCCAUUUCUUAUCCUAUCCCCGCAUCCUUGUUCAAGGAGCAUUCCUAUUUCGCGCGCGACUCAACGCACUGGACACGACAACUCUUUCUCCAAUAUUUUUAUAUAGAUUUCUUAAAAGUGCAUUAUGGUGCCAGGAAGACCACGCCAAGUAUAAAAACGUAAACAUAAAAACAGUCUCAAUAUUGGAUUCUUAGGUGAUAGACACCGAUUCUACGAUAUUAUUAGUACGUAAUAACGUGGAUAUGUAGAUGAUUACCGAGCUCUUCGACUGUAGUGAAGCUACACGACAUCACGAUGAAGGUAACGAACGAGAGAGAAAGAACUGCGACCGGGAAAAAAAUGCGCUUACCGCUGCAUUAAGAGUGCAUGUGAUGAAAGUUUGAUAACAGAUUGAUUUCUCGUCAUCGAAUGUAUAUCGAGUAUUUCGCGUAGAACGUCUGCUUCGAAUUUUCGUGGAUACUAAUAAAUUUAGAAUCAAACUUUACAUUAACUUUAUAAUUACAUAACUAAACUUAAAAUUGACUAAAACUAAUAUUUUAAAUUUAAAUCUUUAUUUUAGCCUAAAUUUAAUAAUUAUUAUUUUUUAUUAAAUUAAAAUCUAAUAAUAUUUACAUGUAUAAUUGUACGUUGAUACUUUAUUAUUUACUUAAAUUUCUGAAAAUCAACUUAUUAAAAUUCUUUGAUUCUAGAAUAACGUUGAAAUUAUGCUGUAAUUUAUAAAUUUAAAGAAAACUUGAAUACAGAAUCUAUCAAAGUUUCAAAAACACGUGCUAAGCGAAAUACUCUAUAUAAUGUCUUCAUUAAUCUUAUUUACUCCUUCGGAGAAAUUCUGACACGUUGAAAUAUUAAAUAUCUAUCAUAUUAGGCUUACGGAAGUUCAAAUCGUCAGAAAGUUAGAAUCUCUUUACGAGACUUUAAAAUUUAUAUAUUGGUAAUAAUGGACCUUCUCAGCGCCUUUAAUACUUGGAAUCUAUUGAUCCUUCGAACUUUGAUCUAUAAAAUUUGCAUACAUGUAAAUUUUUGGAAUAGUCGCUUCAAGUAAUGGAGAUCCUAAGGAUUUUAAUUUCUCGAAAUAGCGGAGAUCCUGUGAGCUUCAGAGCCUUAGAGAACUGUGGUUCCUCGAUAUAACGAGACUCGUUGGAAAAAAAAAGAAAUUAAAAAAACUUUCGACCUGUAAAAAAAGAAAAACUUUCGAUCUUCGUGAAAUUACACGGGACCGCAGGACGUCACGUUCGUUUCAAGAACUUGUAAAACAGCUUUUGUGAAAGAACAUGGGAUCCUUAAAACCCUAGGCUCUCGUUUGACGAAACGUGUAGAAGAGGAUCUUUGCAGCCUUAAAAACUUUAAGCCUUGGCACAUACAUACUCGCAAGUUUUUCACUCUCUGCGAUUUUUAAAUUGUCGAGUUUGCGAGAGACAGUCGAUUUAGCGUGCACGAAGCGUGGGAAACGGAACGGUCCCUCCUUUCUUUUCGCGCGCUUUUAAUCACCGCGAUUCAUCAGUCGGAAUUGAAAAUACGAUCGAUUUCCGGCGCGAUGUGGACUACCGUUUUACCGGCGAAACGAACCGCAACGCGAUAUCUCACACGUAGGACGGAAGGAAGGGUCGAAGAUCGAAAGUCCGUGAUCGACUUAAUUCUUUACACACAGUGUUAACGGUAAGAAAAAGAAAAAGAAAAAAUAUAUAUAUUAAAGACGCGAAGAGCGGAAGAAAAAAAGAGUUAAGCGCGCGCGAGCGCGCGUAUUUAUAUGAGCAUUACGGUUAUUACUAUCUAUAUUCAUUUAUGAUUGUUAUUGUUAUAAUUAUUAACGAAUUAUCGUCACGGCGAUGAAUAACGGUAGCGUUUAAACGGUUUUAACUCUCAGAGAGACACUUUGCGGGAGAUCUUAUACCAAAUAUUAUAUACCUAGAGCUGAGGGCUGUCGGCACAUAACUGUUACGUAAAAUGACCAACAACUAUUAAAAUAACGUAUUACCUAUUAAUCUAUAGGGUGACCUAGCGACCAUAUAUUAAGGAAACGUUAUUUUUAACAAACCUUCUUUUUCCCCUAUCUCUAUCUCUACUCUUUAUUCCUAUCUCUAUUCCCUCUCUCUCUCUCUCUUUCUCUUUCUCUUUCUCUUUCUCUCUCUCUCUUUCUCUCUCUUUAAUCGGAGAGCAUUGGAAGAACCCAUAUAAGAGCGUAACGCGCACUGUUGUUAUAUCUACUCGCCAGGCUGUUAAAAUCACCGUCAUUGUCAUCGUUAUGCUCACAAUUCCGAAAGUUCAAUCUGCCACCUCCCUUCGUUCACACGAAUCGAACUGGUCGCCUCAAAAGUAUCGUUGGUCUCCGACCAAGCACAGAAACCAGUGGCAAUCUGCUACUCGAGUACACGCAUAGGUUUGUACUUCCGAAAUCUAUCGAACCUAGUUGUCAAUCGUAGGUUCUACGAUUCCAGCUCACACGCAUCCAGCAUUUUGGAACAUGAAAUUUCUAAAAAAUCGGUCUAGCCUUAAAAGUCUUUUACCGAUCAUUAUUGAUCUUCUUUUAAUCAAUAUUUGUUACGUAAAAAAAAAUUGAAUUUUGAAAUUUUCUAACCCUUCAUCGAUUAUCUUUUUUAUCCCGAUGAAAUAUUUCGCUUCUUACUACUUGAUCUUUUUAGAGAUGUUGAUAUUUUUAGUGUUGAAACUUUUUUCCUAAAAUUUGUGCUCCCCUUGGGUUCCGAAAAUUCGAGGCCCUCUCGUCUUCGACUGGCUCGAUCGAAGGCAAGACUUCAGAACCGUGAGGGAAAGAAAAUAAUAUGUCGGAAACAUCUCGGAACGCAUUAUCCUUUCGUCGCCAUUGAUUAUCACAUCGCGGGUGCAAACACGCGUUUCCAAACCAUGCGGGACAUUAACGAUCCUUCCAUAAUUUUCAUCAUUAAAAUUCAACGACGUGCCCCACAAUGCGCCCGCAUUGUAAUCUUCGCCAUCAAUAUUCAGCAUCGCCGGGGAACACGACGGCUAUUACCUCCUUUCCCCAUUUCUAUCACGCGCAGCACCGACACACACCGCACAACGUUCACGCGGAUCUUGGAACAAAGCGGACUACUAUUAACGACUAUAGAGAAAGUUUCCUCCCUACCAGGUUUAGAGCAAUAGGUCUAUAUAUAACGUAACAUAUACCUGCUCCCCUCCCCCUUCCCUCAGAUUACCAUAUACAUAUAUUCUAACUCAGCUAAAUAUGAUAUCGCGUAAGUUGUUACUACUACUUAAUUAGUUCUCGAUUAUCUUACGACGGCGGACAUAGGGCAAGGCACAAAUUAGUAUACAUAAUUACGUGCGUAUAUAUACGUGAAAACUCUAUACAAAUAUAAAAGUAAAAUGCGUAUUGAGUACUGAGGACACACACACACACACACACAUACAGAACACACGUACAUUCGUUAGAAGGAAUGAGGGCGCACCAUUUAAAAAGGCAUGCGAGAUCGAGUGCAUCAUCGCGCGCGGUAGAAAACAAGAAGAAAACAAAAAGAAACAAACAAACGAACUCGUAGGGCUAAAGUGGUUUUGAUACUAUACUAAGCACCGAGAGCGAACUUUUCUUACGAGACUUAACGAUAUUUUUUUAGACUCCGCUAACGAAUCGACUUAAAAAAAAAAAAGUAAUAAGAGCUAUGCUAAUCGCGCGCACCCUAAUCACAGCGAUCGGAAUUUCGUCGACCGGUUAACGCGUUCCUAUCAAAAAUCCAAUCGAUUUUCCCGCCACUCUCGCCUGGUUGACGCGCAUUAUGGACGAGCACAUGCGAAUUCUUCUCGAAAACAUCAGAUCCUGGGAGUCUACCUUGACUCCGAAGUGUUUUGAUUCCCCCCGAACUCUGGAUUCGAGAGAGCCGAGUCUGCGGAAUUGUUUUUGAGUAAAUCUUGAAAUCCCACACUAAAAAAAGAAUUACUUGAAUUAAUCUGAAAUAUAUAUAGCAACCUAUUAGUGAAACAGCAACAAGGUAUGAAUUUUACUAAAAAUAACUAGAUAAAUUUGGUUACUGGCAUUUUCUGAUUGAGGUUGAACCAGAUAAAUUUGAUUAUGUACCUUCUGAUUUCAACUACACUGAAAUAAAUCUAGUUGCAUUAAUUGAAAAUCUGGUUAAACUAAUACAUUUUAUUUGAAUCAAAUCCGAAUUCUUGUCUUUAUUAGAUUUUUAAAUUAAUUUCGCACAGAAUUAAAAACUGUAUUGUCAACACGUUUUUUAUUUGCUUUCUUUUUUGAAUUCAAAUUAGACUCGCAGAGAAAUUAAAAGAAAUUGUUUUAUUAGAAUAAUUAGUGAAAAAUUUCAUAAUGUUGCACCUUUUAUUCUGUGUUUUUGUUAUGAGAAAUAAAGCGUCUAUUUGUUUUAUACCAGAAUUUUUAGACAACAUAUAUAUAAUUUUUUCAAAUAGAACUGUUAACCGAAUUCUUAUCAUAUCUUAAUGUUGUGGUACCAUUAGAAUACCAAAGGAUACCAAAGGAUUUGAUGUAAUUCUGUUUAAUUUUACCAAAACUUGCUGUAUUAAAUAUAUUUUGUUAAUUCAACUGUAAGAUUUUUUUUCCGUGUGGAACUUUGGUAAUUGCGACGAGAACUUCCAGUUACCUUGAAAUUAGCAAACGUGAAAUAUUAGACUCAGAGGCUUCAAGGCAAGCGUAUCCUCAAAACUCCGAAUUUUCAAAAAACGUUACAGCCAGACGAAUGGAACGAACAUUCUGAAUGCUUGUAACAUGUUAGAUUUGAAAAUAUUGGAUCUUUAUAACUUUGGACUUAUCCUCGUAAGAUUUCGAAUUUUCGCAUUUUUACGAUGUUUAUCGUUUGAAGUAUUUGCGGAUCUUCUUUUUCAACGUUUCCGCGUUAAUUAGAGUUAGAUCGAUAUCAUGGUCAAUAUUGACCGUUCAACGUUACAGCACUAUCUACCACGUAAAAUUUCAGUAGAAAUAAAAUGCGCUUAAAAACAAGAGCGUUGUAAAAGGUUUUGCUAUGUCUCUGAGAUUUAUUAUGACGACGUAUUGAACGAAAUACUGCCCGCCAAUCCCAGAAGAAACGCAUCGCCAAACACUCAUUUUUCACGCAACCCCAUUAAAAAUACGCGAUCCUUCUUCCUCAAUCAGAUACGUGAGCUUGCAUUUUACAUACUAGAGAGGGAAACAGGAGAAAAAUUGUCACCGCUGCAUUUCUCGUAAUUUCUUGAAAGGAAUCAAAUCGUAGUUUUGCUACCAAAUGCUUUCCGAACCUCUUCGGUGGAAUAAUUUUCGGCAAGUUGCAAUUUUUUAAAGUGAGAGAGACAAGUUAUUGCACAAAAGAAAUUAGUAUCAAUUUUACAAUUAUUGUCUUAUGUAUAAACAAAAGUAUUAAAACGUAUCUUUUUUAAAGUGUUUGAUAAUCUUAAAUUUCAACAUAAUAUUAUAUUUUUAUUUCAAUGUUAUAAUAAUCAUUUAAAAGCACAAUACUGUUUUGAUAACAAUAGUAUUAAAACCUUAUAACGUUUGGUUUGCAGAUAUUGUCAUUUCUCUAUCCAUCAUUUUUUUCUUCUUUAUUCAUGAAAAUUAUUAUUAAAUAAAAAUAAACUUUUUACAAUUAUAUAAAAUUUGUGUAAGUUAUAUUAUACAUUUCAGAUCAUUAGGUGAGAUAAUAACUGUUGAUUUGAUAUUAAUUUUCUUUCUGCGCGAGGAAAAAGAGCCAAAGUACUCUAAAAAAAAAACAAUGCACACAUGUGUAAACUUUUUAUCUAUAAUUGUUACGGUUGCAUUUAAUUGACUAAAAAGAAGAUUGACUUUCUUCGCAGCAGUGCAUUUUUUUUAUCAAUACGCUCUUUUUCCGACUAUUGUCUCAAUCGUCGUUACCGCGGGUCUAAUUUUUGCAGGCAUGUUUCCUGAAAAUGACUCGAACAUACAAUUCUUUCCGAUCGUUGAGUGUCCCGUUUGUUCUUACCUAUAAACGACAUAUUAUUAUCAAUGAUCCUCAUUCCGACCGACGUUUUCUCUAGAUCAAGUUCGCGCUGUAUCUCCAGGCGAUUCGCAAAGUGACCACCCCGAACAUGGGGGCUUUUCCUGAAAGAUUUUUUUCUACUGCAUCUUCUGUAUAUUGAUGAUUAAAAAUCCUUUGGAUCUUUGACUACUUAAGUAUAAACUGCUAGCAGCCCGUAGUCAACAUCUGCAGCGCUACAAGAUAUCAAACAAGAAAAUGGCGAACUAAUGUACGACGCUAUUACAAUAUAAGGGCCGGUUGUUCCAACUUUUUGGUAAAUUUACCUACCAGGUAAGCAUGUGUCUACCAUUUCUUUUCUUAAAUAAAUAAAGACAAACAUAUAUUUAUCUGAUAGUUUACUUAUUGUACCCAUAGGGUUGGUUGUUGCAACUUUUCUUGGUAAAUUUACCUAUCAGGUACAUAUAUGUUUGUCUUUAUUUAUUUAAGAAAAGAAAUAAAGAUAGACACAUGCUUACCUGGUAAAUAAGUUUACCAAGAAGUUGGAACAACCGGUCCUAAGUGUGUGUGUGUGUAUAUAUAUAUAUACACCUAUACUGUGACAUUAUGCUCGUAGACAAUACACACAUGUGUGAUAAAUCUCUAUAACUGUGCACACAGCUGAACAUAAUCUCAUGGCAUUAAAAUCUCCCGGGUUUUUGAUAUUUGGUAAUGCUGCAGAUCGUUGUCAUGUUGAAUACGAAACCUCGCACUUGCUCUAAUAGAAAAAAUAGGCUGCUAGCAGUCCAUACUUAUAUAGUCAAAGCUUUAGAUAUUAACCUGGUUCGAUAGUUCAAACUCGUGAGGAAGUAGCACACAGGUGUCACGUUAAAAUUUACGUUGUUGCUCGAGAAUAUACAUUGCAGUCGAACGACUUGUUUUUAUAGUUAUAAUUGUAUAAUUACAGAAAUAUAACAUGCAUCCCGGGACUAGCGACGAGCUUCUCUCAUUUGCGAGUCCUUUUAAAUUAAUUUGGAAUCGCAGAUGUGGACGGCAAUUCGUUAAGAUCUCCGGAACAUCUACCAUUUAUUAAACACCUUUUCUUUCGACGGAGACAUACAUGUAGUGGUGACUGUAAACGUUAGAACGACGAUAAUCUCUGAUUUGAAAUUCGUAUUCCUGAAAUUUCAACCCCUCUUGAACUUAAAUUCUUGAAAGUUACUUCAGCGGGAUUGUCCCGGAGGCUUUAAGCGUAAUUUGAAAAAAAUUUUUGAAAUUACGAAUAAUCCAAGGAUGCAAGCACCUAGGACUCUGAAUCCGCGAAGAUAUUGAGUAAAAUUGCUCUUAGACCUUUGAGCUCUUCGAAUCAGAUACUUUACAUAAUUUUAGAAACUUUGCGGGCUUUAAAAUCCUUAAUUUGCUGCAAAGACGCGCGAGACCUUUAUGAAACAUCACCGCAAUUUCCCAAAUCUUUAUAAUUAAAUUAUAUAUACAUAUAUACAUACACACAUAUAUAUAUAUUUUUAGGCGUAAUAUAUGAUUAUAACUAUGCCUCACGUCGAGCUGAGAGACGCGACUAUGCGUCGCUUGUCGAAACAGUCAGGCGUUUCUGUGAUUCCUAGAUUUGAACGGUAUAAACGACGCUGAGGUUCUCACACUUUUAACCAAAAAAAAAAAGAAAAAAAAUUUACGCGGACGAUAGCACUGACGAUAGUUCUGCGCCAAGAUCCGGCAGUCACUUAAACUCUGGCGAACGGAAUUUACUUUCAUUCAUAAUUAUUCGAGUGUCAAUCCGAGAUUUGACUCUUUGAAUGCUAAAACAGGGAAAAGGUGAUUCUCGGGCGCAUGAGAAUGCUUAUCAGAAUUAUGAAGUCAGAGAGACCUAGAAAUUUCGUGCCGAUUAUGGUGUUUGCGUUCUUUCUUAUUUUUUCAUCAGCAACUGUUUCGGUUGAUUAAAUUUUAACUGCGUUCGGGGAGCGAACUAAAGUAAUGCUAUUCUACUAUUCUAUCUUCAUCAUUUAAUAUUAUACAUAAAUCAGAUAAAAUGACAUAAUAACGCUGAUAACAUGCUCUCCAAACGCAGUUUUUUCUGUCGUUUUAUAUGAUCUUUAACUGUUCAUAAAAAUACAUAAAACUACAUUUAUAUGUAGUUGCUCGAAUAUGCAUAUAUAAUAAUUAUCUUUUUUAUAUCUUAAUAAAUAUAAAUAAAAUGUUAAUAAAUAUAAAUAAAAUGUUAGCAGUUUAACAGCAAACUCGAGCAAAAUAUUGUUGAUUGGUAUAUCGUUCCACAUUAAGUUCAUGUUCUGUCAGCAGAACCUGUCAACAUAAUUUAGCAACAGAUUGCCAACACAAUAUGUCAUUCUGUAACUAUUUAAAUUUAAACCACUUAAAUGUAGCUGUUAAAGAUGUUUAGCUUUAAACGUUUUAAACUCGUUUACACCAACGUAAGUUAACUUAACUCGGUUUAACUUACUUCUCGUACACUUCCAAUACAAUUUAUUCGAGAGACUUCUUUCGGACGUCCUUUGGAGGCGUGUGUUGCUAUUUAUUAAAAUAAAAAAAAGAUAAAAUGUAAGUUAAAUCACAUUUAACGUUAAUUAUAUUGAUGCAAACGAAUCUUAAUGUUUUAAAUCUAAAUAUUCAAAACUAGAAUGUUUUAAGUAUUUGAAAAACGAAGUCAAAAAUAAAAUAUUUUAAUAUCUUAAAAUUAAACACUUUUUUUAUGAGUGUAUAUUAUUUAAAUGAAAUAAAAGAGUGCUCGAUUUUUGCAGUCAAUCUGCUAUGGUAUGUUAAAUAUGCUUUUAACUGAUAUUUUAAGUCAAUAAAAUUUGUGGUGUACAUUUUGCGAAAUCUGCUUUUUGAUUAUAUAUUUAUAACAUAAUUAUAUAUAAACGACAAGUGGACAAAAGAUUUACGUUACAGAAAGUAUUUCGAGGAUGAAAUGUUGUAACUCAUUACUAAUUAGUUAUAAUUAUAAUUAGUGUAUAACAAGGCGCAUUGUUAUAAUCACAAUUAAUUAAGUUUAAAACAAUAAGAAUGCUAUCGUCCGCGUUGCUUUAAAGAACAAAAAUCCCACGCAACGAAUCUUGAAAGUAGUCAAUAUCUAAUCAAUUCUGAGAGGAUAGGAUCAACUCUCUUAAGGAAUAAACGGAAGGGAACGAAGGGAGGGAAGCAUAACCCCAGUAAAUUUAUAAGCGAGAGGACAUUUUUUUCGACGGUGAACGAUUAAGUAUCUUCCAUUAUUAGAGACUCGGCAUCAACGGUGGAGAGUACUGCAAAAGAGCUUGCCAUAAAAUGUGGGGUGCUAUUAAUGCGAGGAAGUGUGUACAUACAUACGUCACGUGUAUUUAAUUAUAAUAGCGACGACAGAAACGUAGCGCAUAUUUUUAAAGAAGAGAAAAUAUACGAACGCCAUGGCACUAAGCGACCGAUUAAAUUGAGAGUCCCGCGUUAAAAAUAGGGCCCGGUCAAUACUCUUUAAAAACUAGCGUUAAUCACGAAGCUGAUCGAUCAUUAUUAACGAGGGACGAAACGCGCGUAUGUAAACUAUUACGAUGUCUAUUGAACCAACGCGUUUUCAUGCCGAGAACAAAUAAAUUUGCAAGUCGGAAGAA